CGGCGCCCGACCCCGCCCUCUCGGCCUGGGCCAUGCGGCUGGGCGCGCGGGGCUCGCAGGCCGACGCCCACGUGCGCGCUGCGCUGGGCGUGCCCGCCGCAGGCGGCGGAGACCUCGGGCGUGGCCACGCAGGGGCCCGCGGCUACCCUCGCUACCCCGGCCUCGUGGCGCGGCCCCGGGCGGCGAAGACGUGCGGCCUUCAGCAGGCGGCGAGCGAGGCGCUGCUGUCCUGGGCGCGCGAGCCGGGCCUGCAGGCCGCGCCCCGGGGCCCGCAGCUGCAGGCCCGGCAGCUCGGCGGCGCGGGCGGGCUGCCUCCGGGCUGGCAGCGCCGGGCCGACGACCUCGUGCCGCCGCGGCCCGGGGGCCUGCUGCAAGCCGCGAGCUCAGGGACUGCGGGGCCGCGUCUCGGCGCCGAGCGUGGCGGUGCUGGGCGGCGACGGCGUCCUCAGGGCGCCCGCGCUGCCGAGCAGCGCCUCCGCCCCAGCGGUGGGCUCCUCGGCUCCCCCGCCCCAGCGGCGGUCGCUGCCGCACGCCGCGGCCGCGCCGUCGCCAGCCAGCCCCGCGGCCCACCGCCACACCGCCCUCGCCGCGCGGCUGCCGGACCGCGUCGCGGCCGCGGCUCGGGAGCAGGGCCCGCUGGCGCAGGGCAAGCUGGUCACGCUGCUGUCGGGAGUCCCCGCCGCGGCCCCGGCCGCGGGCCCGCCGCCGGGACCGCGGGAGGUGGCCGCGGAGUCCAAGCUGGUCGGGCGGCCGAGAGAGAUCAGCAAGACGCUGGCGCCGCGCGGUCGGCAGCUGGACGGCGAAGGCCUGCGCGCGCUGGCCCUGGCGCUCGCGGGCCACUUCGGGUCCCUCGAGGCCGCCUGGCGGCAGUUCGACCUCAACCAGACGGGCCUUGUGAGCCGCUACCAGUGGGACGCGGCCCUGGAUCGGCUGCCGUUCGGCAUGCAGGACGUGUGCGGCAUGCCAGGCGGGCGGGUCUUCCUGCAGCUGUCGCAGGCUGGCGAGGUCACUGCGGAGGGCUGGCGCCGGUUCUUUUCGGACUUCGCGGAGAGCGCCGAGGGUUCCCAGGCGCUGGCGCAGGCGGCGGAGCGGGUCGCAGCGCGCAGGCGCACGACGCCUGCCGGCCAGGCCUCCGCCGCGGCCGCCGAGGCGCGGGGCGCCGCGGCGCCCGCGAGGCCGGAGAGGCGGUCCCUCCCAGACCGCUCCCCGUGGAGCGCCGCGGACGUGCUGGAGAGGGAGGCGCUGCUGAGCCGGGAGGAGCUGGCUGAGGUGGAGCUGCAGGCCAAGGCAGAGAAGGACGUCCUCCAGGACGAGCUGAAGGAGCUGAAUCUGAGCGGGCUGCAGGCACUGGUCUACAUCAUCACGGCGAAGCUGGGCACCCUCGACAGGGCCGCGGGCUGGUUCGACCUGAGCAAGACCGGGAAGGUGUCCCACAACGAGUUCGACGUGGGCAACAGGGUCAUGCGGAUCGACCCGAAGGAGCUCACGGGCUUCAACACCUCCGAGAUAUACAGGAUGAUGGACACGACGUCCACGGGCAUGGUGCCGGCCAGAGAGUUCCAGGCAUUCCUGGACAAGAUCCUCGAGGAGAUGAAGGAGAGUGGGCUGGGCGACGCCCUCGCGAAGGCCGCCGGGCUGGCGCAGCGUGCGAAGAGCCGGAGGCGGCUGAGUGAGAAGCUGCCGCCGCCGCGGGAGCCGCCACGGCGGACGUCCACGGCCGCGCCGGAGCCGCAGACGCCUGCGGUCGUCGAGGAGGUGAAGAACAUUGGCGGGCACGAGUUCCACGGAUGCGAG